AUGAAAAUUAAAGCAGUUCGGACAUCUCUGUACGACAUCCCACCGCAAGUUGAACGCGUCGAUGCCAUUCAAACUUUCGUCUCUAUGGAAUUUCCCUUCAUUGAGAUUGAAGAUGUAGAUGGCGUUGUGGGGACCGGUUUCUCUUACACUAUCGGUAAGGGUGGAAGAGGCGAUAAGCAGACUAUGGAUGCCUACCUCACACCUAUCCUGCUCGAAGAGGAUGCUUCCAACAUCGACCGAAUUUGGAAUCGGAUGUGGAUGGAGACACACUGGGUAGGCAGAGGUGGCAUCGUUGGUUUGGGUAUGGCAGCGGUCGACAUCGCCCUCUGGGAUCUCAUGGCAAAGCGCGCAGGAUUGCCACUCUUACCAACUCCUCGGCAAUCCGUGGAAUUUGUAGAGCAAGGUUUCAAAGGUAUCAAGAUUAAGGUGGGACGAGACAGUCUCUAUGAAGACGUGGCACGAGUCUUCGCUGUCAGAAAGGCGAUCGGGCAGGAUCCCUAUCUCAUGAUCGAUGCCAACAUGAAGUGGAACGCCCGCGAAGCCAUUCAACUCGCCUGUCGUGUUGAAGAAGCAGACCUCUUCUGUGUUUGA